AUGGCGCCAGUACCCAACACUUCUCCCAGAAAUCUAACAGUGAGCAAUGCUGUAAAAAAUCAACUUGAAGCAUUGCCUGAAUAUUAUGGGAUGGGGAACCUAAUCAUCGGUGGUGGUUUGUCUUUGCAUCUUGCUGGUUUGGCCUCUCUAAACUUUGAGGAAACUCCUGGUAUCAUUGAUAUUUUUAAAAAAUGGAUGCUACCUAAGAAUUACCAGCAUAUCCUGUCCUUUGCGUUUGCUGUGUAUGAGAUUAAUGAGAAUCCAAAUCUCUCACCCAACAUCACUCUGGGUUUUCGUAUAGUUGACAACUGCUAUACAGGAAGACUUACCUAUGCAACCACACUGCAAUUGCUGAGUGAACGAGGGAGAUGGACUCCUAAUUACAACUGCAACAUGAAAGAAAAACCAUGGGCCUUCAUUGGGGGACUUGCAUCUGAAACCUCCAUUCAGAUGUCAAAUGUCUUAGGCAUUUAUAAGCUACCACAGAAAGUGGAGAGAGAAACAAGGGGAUCUGCUGUUUUGGACUUGAUUCUCACCAACAGGGAAGAACUUGUUGAUGAGCUCAGUUAUGGUUCAUUUGAUCUUGCACUGAGUGAUAAAAAACAGUUCCCCUUCUUUUAUCGGAUGGUCCCAAAUGAAGACUCGCAAUACAAAGGAAUAAUCCAGCUCCUCCUCCAUUUCAAAUGGAAGUGGAUUGGCCUAGUUGCUACAAAUGAUGAUGGUGGAGAUACAUUUGUGCGGACUCUGACGGCGCUGCUCACAGAGCAUGGCAUUUGUGCUGCUUUCACUCAGUGGACACCAGCAACGUUCACAAGUACUGGGAAAAACCUUUUAAUGCAUAUGGAAAAAAUAAAUAGUUUUUUCUCAGACAGCAAAGUCAAUGUGAUUGUUGCAAGUGGGGAUUUACGAAGCCUAAUUCUAUUGUCAGUAUGGCUAGAUCUAUUUUACCAAAGUACAAAAGGGAAACUUAUUGGGAAAGUUUGGGUCAUGACUGCCCAGUGGGAUUUUACAGCUGCAGAUUCACAGGGUAUCUGCUUUCUAAGACCCUUUCAUGGUGCUUUGUCUUUCACAAUUCACUCAAAUGAAGUGCCCGGAUUCCGGAAUUUUCUUCAGACUCUGGAUCCUCAGCAACCCAAUGGUGAUCUCUUCCUCGAAGAAUUUUACAAGAAUGCUAUUGAAAAACUUCAUUAUUCUGAUCUGGGCUUCUUAGAUGCAAACAUCACUUGGACAAAGCUGAUGGAUCUGCUUCCAGGGGCAGUAUUUGAAACUAGCAUGACAGGCCAAAGCUAUAGCACUUACAGUGCUGUUCAUGUUCUGGUUCGAGCACUAAAUGAAAUGUACUUAUCCAGGCCUAAUCAGAGAAACUUGGGAAAAAGAGACCGAUGGAAGUUGCAGCAUAUGCCACAAUGGCAGCUUCACCAUCUUUUGAAAACCAUCAGGUUUAACAACAGUGCAGGAGAUGAAAUCUCUUUUAAUGAAAACCAAGACUGGGUUGCUGGAUAUGACAUUUUGAAUUGCAUUGUAUUCCCCAAUGAGUCCUUUACUCGAGUGAAAGUUGGAAGGGUGGACCCCCAGGCUCAGAAGGGGCAGGCAUUCUCGAUUAAAGAUGAUACGAUCACAUGGAACAACUGGUUCAAUGAGACACAGCCUCGUUCUGUCUGCUCUGAGAGUUGCCAUUCUGGAUAUAGAAAAAGAGAGUGGGAGGGGAAGCCAGUCUGCUGCUAUGAAUGCACCCAGUGCCCAGAAGGGAUGAUUUCAAACCAGAUAGAUGCCAGUUUCUGUGAAAAAUGCCCAGAUGACAAGCAUGCCAACCACAAUCAAGAUAAUUGUAUUCUGAAAACCAUACACUUUCUCUCCAUUAAUGACACUUUGGGGAUUGUUUCUGUUUUCUCUUCCAUUUGCUUGUCUUUUAUCACAGGUCUGAUAUUGGUAACAUUUGUUAAAUAUCAGGACACUCCAAUUGUCAAAGCCAACAACCGAGAUAUCACCUAUAUUCUCCUUCUCUCCCUGUUGCUCUCUUUCCUUUGUUCCUUGCUCUUUACUGGACAGCCAAACAAAGUCACUUGCUUUCUCCGACAAACAACUUUUCUUCUUGUCUUCUCUGUUGCUGUUUCUUCUGUGUUGGCUAAAACCACCACUGUCAUUCUGGCAUUCAAGGCCACAAAACCAGGAAGCCAGAUGAGGAAUUGGCUGAGGAAGAGGGUCACAAACUCCACUGUGCUCUUCUGUUCCCUUGGUCAACUUGGAAUCUGUGCUGUCUGGCUAGCAACAAACCCUCCUUUCCCUGAGCUAGACAUGCACUCCCAAAGCAGAGAGAUCAUAGUCCAGUGUCAUGAGGGCUCUGUCACCAUGUUUUAUUGUGCCCUCAGCUACAUGGGCUUCCUGGCCAUGGUCAGUUUUCUUGUAGCUUUCUUAGCAAGGAAUUUGCCGGACACCUUUAAUGAAGCCAAGUUCAUUUCCUUUAGCAUGUUGGUGUUUUGCAGUGUUUGGGUAUGCUUUGUUCCCACUUACCUGAGUACCAAAGGGAAAUAUAUGGUAGCUGUAGAGAUCUUUUCCAUCUUGGCUUCUGGGGCAGGAUUGCUCAGCUGUAUCUUUUUCCCAAAAUGUUAUAUUAUAAUCCUAAAGCCCAGUCUCAACUCUAAAAGACAUGUUAUGUCCAAAUGGGGUUAA